AUGAUCCCGGAGCCGCCGUUCGAGAGUAUCUCCAAGUUGCGGCUCCUCACUUUUAUCGCUCUAAUGGCUACUUCCCAGAUAAUUUCCCAGGCACUUCUGGCGCAGUCGCUCGUGCCGGCCCCCUAUACGGCGAAAACGUUUGGCAAGGAAGACAACCAGGGCCAGAUCUCGUGGAUGACAGCAGCAUAUUCGCUCUCAGUGGGCACGUUUAUCCUGAUCUCGGGCAGGGUCGGGGACCUGCUUGGCUAUAAGAAAGUGUAUCUUGCCAGCUACCUGAGCCUGGCUCUGUGGUCGCUCCUGGCGGGACUGAGCCGAUACAGCGGCUCAAUUGAGUUUUUCGACAUCUGCCGCGCGCUCCAGGGUCUCUCUGUUUCGGCUGCGGUGCCCAACGCGCUCGGUCUGAUGGGCCACUAUCUGCCUGCAGGAAAAGUACGCGAUUUGGCCUUUGGAUUUUUCGGGGGAGUCGCGCCCCUGGGCUUUGUUUUGGGCGCCCUCAUGAGUUCAGUACUCGCCCAGUUCGCCACGUGGCCGUGGGCAUUCUACGUCACCGCUAUGGUGAGUGUGGGCAGAACAGCGGUGUCAAUCUUGGUGAUCCCAAAAAAUAUCGUCACCGUGCACAAAAACCUCACCGCACACCAUUUUGACCUCUACGGGGCUGCCACAGGUAUAAGCGGUCUUGUGCUGAUCAAUUUUGCCCUCAACCAAGGCCCUGUCGUUGGUUGGCACGUGCCGUACGUCUACAUUCUUUUGAUUGUCGGGGUGGCAUUAAUGGCUGCCUUUGCCUGGAUCGAACGCGUUGCUCCACACCCCGUCGUGCCAAAACUCAAUGCUCCCGUGGUAUUCACUCUCGCGUGCAUCGCUUUCGGCUGGUCUAGCUUUGGCAUCUGGAUCUCUUACACGUUCCGAUUCGCUUACGAGAUCCUCAGGCUCAGCCCCCUGAUUGCGUCUGUUCAGUUUAUUCCGUCCUCCAUUGCUGGAAUGCUGGCCGGAAUGCUCACCGCAAACCUCAUCCACCGGGUGCCCGCCUCCAUAAUGCUGAUGGUCGCAAUGGCCUGCUUUUUGGGCGGGCUCGUAAUCAUGGGCCUCCGGCCGCGGGGCCAGAUCUACUGGGCCCAGAAAUUCCCUGCCAUCGUGGUGGCCUGCUUUGGCAUGGAUAUCAGCUUUCCGUCGGGGAUACUGAUUCUCUCCAACAAACUGCCAAGACGCCACCAGGGCCUCGCCGCGUCGCUCGUCACAACGGUUGUGAACUACUCGAUCUCAAUCGGUCUGGGCCUGGCUGGCACUGUUGAGUACUAUAAACUUAAAAACGGAGCAGACGCGUACACGGGGAUCCGCAGCGCGUUCUACAUGGGCAUGGCCUCUCCGCCAGCGGACUAG